AUGAUGUUAACAAGUUACGAAAAUCUUACCAAAGACAAUAUUAUCUUUAAAGAAGCCAAAGAAUUUAAAGUCAAAGAUAGUAAGAUUAAAUACAAGCGUAUCCCAAUUGAAAUUAAAUAUUCGAAUGGAAAGAAAGGACCGCUUGUAAUCGAAACCCCAUUUCUUUUUAGCUUUGGUGUUAGUGAAAAGAAAAAUCAAGAAACAAAAAAGUUAGUAGGUUAUAGUAUUCCAGUAUGUCUUUGGGCUAAAGAUAGCGUACCGAAUAAUAAAGAAAAAGAAUUUUGGGAUGUUAUUAACCCAUUCGCUCCUGGAGAUUUUGCCGAAAAACGCGUUUUGAAGCUAGUCGAGUGGUUUUCUGGUCACUGUCGUGCUAUAAAGAGCUAAAACUUACCACAAACCGGUUUACAGGUCGUACACUUGGCGGCCUUCUGAUCCAGAUGCAAAAUAUCAGCUUGCGAAGUUCGGGCAUGCGCAGAAAGCAAAAUUUCUCUCCUCCCUUCUUUUUUCGCUUUUCUUGCCUCAUUUUUUUUUUCUCUUGCUGGGCAUUUAGUAGGCUUCAUUUUGGUGGGAAGAGUUUUUAGGAAAGCUUUUAGGAUCUUAGGAUUAGGUGAAAGGAAAGGUAGGUGGGUAAUGGAACAAGAUUUUCAUGGAGAUUUUCAGGUCCUUGUCACGUGGUUUUUUGCUUCUUUCUCCGGUGUCCUUGACUGAAUUGUGCUGAUUCUGGUAUGGUUUGAAAGAUCUCUUCACUCUGCACAAGUUAGCGAAGAAAGUUGUCCUUGACCGUUAAAACUGAUGACGUCACAAAGGGUAGAAAGGACCUGGAUCCGCACGGGCGGUUACAGGCGGUUCAAGGGCGAAUGGGUUAAUAACGUAACAACUCUAUCUCAACAACAUUUAGAGAAUGAAUAUGGUCCAGAUUUAGCUUCGACUCUUACUUCACCAUUAUAUCACAAACAGGAAGAAUAUACUGAUAAAAAAGGAAAGAAGAAAACAAGAAUCGAUCCCUCAUCUGCACCAGUUUUUUAUGCAAAACUUAUUUACUCUGAAAAAUCAAAGAAAAUUUUAUCUUUGUUGAAGGGAAAGGGAGGUAAAGAUUUAAAUCCUUUUAAAUAUAUUGAUCAGUAUUGUAAUGUUAAAUUGGCAUUGAUAAUUGAAGGAAUUUUCAUAAGUAAAACUGUAACAUCUUUACAAAUAAAAGUACAUGAGUGCUAUGUUAAACCACUCAAACCUAGAGAGUCUUUACUAACAAUUGAAGAGGAAGAUGAAGAUCAAAGCGAUAUUAAAGAGAUAACUGAUCAAGUAGUCGAAGACUUAGUUAUCUCUGAUGAAGAAAACGAGUAA